UGUCCCAUUCCCCUAGACUAGGAAAGCUGGUGCCCCCCGUCACAAUGAGCAUUGUUCUCUCCAGGAACAGCCAGGUGCGGGUGAUGGAGAACACAGUGACCAAUGCCGAGAAGUACUUUGGCCAGUUCUGCUCACUGCUGGCCGCCUACACCCGCAAGACGGCCCGGCUGAGGGACAAGGCCGACCAGCUGGUCAAACAGCUCAUCGACUUCGCCAACACCGAGAACCCUGAGAUGCGGGCCACCGUGAGGAACUUCGCCGAGGACCUGGCCAAAGUGCAGGAUUAUCGGCAGGCCGAGGUCGAGAGGCUGGAGACCAAGGUCAUCCACCCCCUGAAACUCUACGGGGCGCACAUCAAGCAGACACAGGCUGAGAUCAAGAAAUUCAAGCAAGUCCAGAAGAAUGAGAUCAAACAAUUGGAAAAGCUGGAGAAACUGAGGCAGAAGUCCCCUUCGGACAGGCAAAUGAUUAGCCAGACAGAGACCAGUGUGCAGAGGGCCUCAGUGGAUGCCAGUCGUACCACCCACCAGCUGGAGGAGAUGAUCGACACCUUCCAGAAGCAGAAGCUGAAGGACCUACAGAAAAUCUUUUCCGACUUUGUCACCAUUGAGAUGGUGUUCCACGCCAAAGCGGUGGAGGUCUAUUCCAGCGCCUUCCAGAGCCUGGACAGCUAUGACCUGGAGAGAGACCUGGAGGAUUUUAGAGCCAAGACGCAUGGGGUUUAUGGACAUCACGAUGCCCGGCCACUCAAGGAUACCACCCCCUCCCCAACUGUCCCGUGGUCUGUCCCAGCUGUCCCGUGGUCUCUCACUGGCCAGAGCACUCAGAUGGCCAUACAGAGCCAGAGGGGAGACGAGGAGGAGAGCACGGACCACUCUGCGGAGGAGGACCCCGUGGAGGACCUCACGGGGCAGGGGCAGACGCCCCAUCCAUAG